AUGUCUAUUGGCAGUGCCCAAUUGACUGCACUCGUCGAGCUCAUCAGCUCUUCAGUCAGGGAAGUCAUUGCAGCUUAUAGUGAUGCCAGACAAGACUCUCCUUUGCUGAACUUGCUGGAUGAAGGCCCUCUUGAGAUUCCCGCAACCACUCCCCCUAACGUUACAAAAGCUAGGCAAAUCAUUGAAGCAGCUUGUGCACAGCUAUGUGCAACCAUCGCCCAAUCGGGCGAUUGCAUAGUGAAUUACACUAAAUCUGCUUGUUUGCAGGUCACUGUAGACAUGAAGAUAUUUGACCUGCUCCUAAACAAACCUAAGAGCCUUGCCGUGGAAGAAAUGGCAAAACUAUCUGGGAUCAAUGCAGGAAAGCUUGGGCAAGUGCUCAGAUUCCUUGUGACGAAACACGUGUACCGUGAAGUGCAACCAAAUGUGUAUACCAACAAUACACUCAGUAUGAAGCUUCUGUCCAGUGAUCCUGUCUGUUUCUCUAUUUUUGUCCACUAUCAACCUUCAUACUCAACCUACAUGUGGGAGGCACUAGUUGAUGAGAAAUAUAGCUCUUCUUACGACCCUAGCCAAACUGCAUUCUGCAAGGUCAAUGGGGCGCCAUUCUUUGAGUACUACAAGAAAUGCCGGUUCUCCAGUGCUAUGAUUGGGUGGAGAGACAUCACUGACAGAGGACUCUUACCCAAGAUGUAUGACUGGCAGAGCCUUGUGCACAAUGCAGUUGUUUGUGAUGUCAGUGGCAGUAACGGGCAUGUAGCCCUAGACCUAUUGAAGGAGUAUCUGAAGCUCAAGAUUGUUGUCCAGGAUCUGGAGGACCUCCAGACACGUUGGUCUGAGUUGAAAGAGCUUCCUGACAUGAUUCAGCAGGCACGUACAGCUUUCAUACCCAUCGACUUCUUCAAGGAUGCUCCAGUCAAGGAUUGCAAUAUUUACUAUAUUCAUAACAUCUUGCAUGACUGGCUGGAUGAGUCAUGUGUCAAGAUUCUUCAGAAUGUCAAAUUGUCUAUGAAGCCUACAAGUCGCAUACUCAUUUUAUGUUUUGUGGCAAACCACCAGGAAGCUUUGGCUCGGGAUGGUGAUGACUUGGCUCCUGAGCCACUCCUGCCAAAUUAUGGCAAUGGCAGAAUUCAACAAUAUAAUCUAGAUGUCAACCUCAUGAUCUGUUUUAAGAGCAAGGAGCGAACGCUAAAAGAGUUCAUUGAUAUUGGGUGGGUCUUGACUCGCUACAGCUCUUGUUUAUCCAAUGUCAUUGAAAUUUGUAUACUCCUCUAG